UUUUUUUACUUAAGUGGGCCAACAGUCAACAAGAUUUAAGUAUUUUAUUUGCCAUAUGUUUCUCUUAAAAAUGUUUUUAAUCUUUAAUUUCCCGAAACCUUUGCGUCAGAAAAAUACGAUGAUGUAAACUACUGUUCAAACCGGCGACUAGUGUCGAUAGUUGAAACGAUCUUGUUUGUGAGAGGUUGUUCUGUUCGUGUUAGACACUAAUUACCUUUACAAUAACACUACAGACUACUGCUGUUUCUUGAUGUGAAGAACACGGAAACUACUAAAAUGGCUUCAUACUUUGAUGAACAUGACUGUGAACCCACUAACCCUGAGGAGCAGUAUCGCCAGAAUGCUCUAUUAGAACUGGCCAGGUCUUUGAUGCAGGGUUUGGACUUAAUGGACUCUGGAGUGUUCGACUUGUCAGACUGGGACCAGCGGCUUCCUCCUCCAGCUGCCAAAGCUGCUAUUCAGACCCUCACUGUGGUCGUCAUUUCCCCAGAACAAGCAGAUAAAGGUCUCAAAUGUCCUGUGUGUCUGCUGGAAUUUGAGGAACAAGAGACCGUUAGAGAAAUGCCUUGCAAACAUCUUUUCCACUCAGGAUGCAUUCUGCCUUGGUUGGGCAAGACAAACUCCUGUCCACUUUGUCGACUUGAAUUGCCAACUGACAAUCCAGAAUAUGAGGAGUUUAAAAAGGACAAGGUGAGUCUGUGGUGCUGUUUGUUUGUUGUUUUCAGUGUGAAUAUUGUUUUUCUGUCUUUAGGAGAGAAGAAAACAGAGGGAACACCGUCUAGAGGACCUACAUGGAGCCAUGUACACCUAGUGCUUCCACCUACUGAGCCCUUUAAAAGUUUCUAGUAUCAAUGCAAUUUUCUCAAUUUGCAAAUAGAACUCAAAAUAAUCAAGCUAACUAGCAACUAUUAUACAUGGAUUAUUUGUUUAGAUAAAAAUCUCAUUUCAAAAUAAUUACACAGCGGUUUAAUAAUGUUGGAAUGUUGUGACAACACCGGCAGGAGCAGGUGCUGCUUAAUCAGUGAAUAUCAGUGAAGACUCGGUCACCUGAAGGAUGGUAGCUCUGAAUCUUUAUUCAAAUGUGAGAACUUGAAGAGCAUAAAACUGUCCUUGUCUGAUUUAUGUGGAAAUAUUUAUGAAAACUUCUAAUCAGUUAUGACUUUUUUACAGUUGAAUCAACAACAAAUACAAUGAAUUCUUAAA